AUGUGUGGCAGGUUCCUGAGGCAGCUGUUGGCUGAGGAGAGCCAGCAUUCCACCCCUGUGGGACGCCUCCUGCUUCCUGUUCUUCUGGGAGUCCGUCUUGUGCUGCUGGCUGCCAGUGGGCCUGGGAUCUAUGGUGAUGAUCAGAGAGAAUUUGUGUGUCACACUCAGCAACCAGGCUGCAAGGUGGCCUGCUACGAUGCCUUCCACCCACUCUCUCCGCUGCGCUUCUGGGCCUUCCAAGUCAUCUUGUUGGCUGUGCCCAGUGUCCUCUAUCUAGGCUUCACCCUUUAUCAUGUGAUUGAGCACUUGGAAGAAUCAGAAAAGGUGAUGAAGAAGGAAGAGAUCCUGACCCACAAAGGGGACAGCAGCAGAAGGGUCUCUGCGGCUAGAAACCUCAAGCUUCUCUGGGUCUAUGUGGCACAGCUGGGUGCUCGGCUGGUUCUUGAAGCGGCAUCCCUGGGGGGGCAGUAUCUUUUGUAUGGGUUCAACAUUCCCAGCUCCAUUUCAUGUCGCCAAGAGCCUUGCAUUGGCAGUGUAACCUGUAAUCUGUCCCGCCCCUCUGAGAAGACCAUCUUCCUAAAGACCAUGUUUGGGUUCACUGGCCUCUGUCUCUUGGUUACUCUUUUGGAGCUGGUGCUUCUGGGUUUGGGGAGAUGGUGGAUGAUCCUGAAGCACAAAUCUUCCUCCUCAACUUCAGAGAGUACUACAAGACACAAGGAACCAACUGGCAACUUCCCAGUGGUGGAAACAAAAGAGCAGUUUCUAGAAGCAGGUGAGAAGGACCCUAAAGACCCUCUCACUUCCUGUCCCUGAUGUCUCCAUCUACCUGGGGGCAAAUCCUUCACCCUUCUGGGAAGUACAACUUCCAUAUGUUCCAAGUAGAUAACCAGUUUUCAGGCAGAUGAGUUAUGACCACUGCCCCCAAGUCCAUCCCCCAGUGCCCAUCCCCAUCAAUUGGACAAUUCUGCCCAUGGACCAGGAUGCGAGUACCAGUCCCUUCUACUGCCUGCCCUUCAAUUUUCCUACUUAGGAAAUGUCUCAGCUUCUGCUCGAUCUCUACUUUAUAAAGUUAUAAAGGCACUUGGCUUGCCUGAAGGAAACCCUAUGAUUGGAUCUUCUUUGAAGCAUUCAGUUAGUGGGGAUUCACAUCCAUGACAAGUUAGAGGCUCUCGAAGGAUAUCAAAGGACCACAUUGGCCCAGGCUAUUGAAAACAUUACUUUAAAGAAUUCCUGACUCUGUCUUCUUCCCACAAUUACCUGGUGUCAGCAUCACAAUUUUCCUGGGUUUGGUUCCAACAUCAGCCAGAAAAAGCUUCCUUAAACCACAGACUUCUCUUGCCAUCCUCAAUAAA